ACUUCCGCUCUCCGCUGUGUGGCGCGAGUCGCGAGAGGAUGAACAAUUGACGACAACACAAACACACAAAGUGAUGAUUGUACAGAUGCUCUGUUAUGUUAGAUAGCUGAGAGCAAACACGUCUUUUUAAAAGCACAAGUCUAACGUGUUGGUGAGCCGGAAGUGCGUGCGUUUAUUUGAGGAGAAUCAUGCCGCGGAGGAAGAGAACAGCAGGCAGUAGCUCAGAUGGAACAGCUGAUUCUGAUGACUCUGGAGAUCACGAGAAGACCGACAGCUCUCACAGUGAAGCCAACCAGCGAAAUAACACCCGUAUGACCCGAGCGUCACUGCGUCUGAGUCAAAGCUCACAAGAUGCCCCGGCAGAUGUGAAGCAAGCGGCAGAGAGGGAUGAGUCUCCCCCCAGGACGCCCACAGGAAACGCCCCCUCAUCUGAGUCGGACAUUGACAUUUCCAGCCCCAACGCCUCCCACGACGAGAGCGUGACUAAAGACCACAAGGACUCUGGCAGCGAUCCCUCUCAUCGGCCCAAACGCCGGCGCUUCCAUGAAAGCUACAACUUCAAUAUGAAGUGCCCCACACCUGGGUGCAAUUCUCUGGGACAUUUAACUGGCAAACACGAGCGACAUUUCUCCAUUUCUGGUUGUCCUCUGUACCAUAACCUCUCAGCAGAUGAGUGCAAGGUAAAAGCCAUCGAGCGUGAGAAACAAGAGGAAGAACGCAGUCAGGGUCAGAAUGAGGAGAACAGACAUGCUACUCGACAUCAGGCUCCAACUCCAAGACAGGUUCGAUACAAGGAGAAAGUAAUGGAGAUAAGAAAAAGAAGGGAUUCUGGCCUGACAAAAGAGCAAAAAGAAAAGUAUAUGGAGCACCGUCAGACACAUGGGAACAGUCGUGAGCCGCUGCUGGAGAACAUCACCAGUGAAUAUGACCUGGAGCUCUUCAGAAAGGCACAGGCCCGUGCAUCAGAGGAUCUGGAGAAGCUGUGUCUACAGGGUCAGAUCACAGAGGGCAAUAACAUGAUCAAAACCAUUCUGUUUGGACGUUAUGAGCUGGACACCUGGUAUCAUUCGCCCUACCCUGAAGAGUAUGCCCGACUGGGGCGUCUGUACGUCUGCGAGUUCUGCCUCAAGUACAUGAAGAGUCAGACCAUCCUGCGCAGACACAUGGCCAAGUGUGUGUGGAAACAUCCCCCUGGUGAUGAGGUCUACAGGAAAGGUGCCAUCUCUGUGUUCGAGGUCGAUGGAAAAAAGAACAAGAUCUAUUGCCAGAACCUGUGUUUGCUGGCCAAGCUGUUUUUGGACCAUAAGACAUUGUACUAUGACGUGGAGCCUUUCCUGUUUUAUGUCAUGACUGAGGCUGAUAACACCGGCUGUCACCUGGUGGGAUAUUUCUCAAAGGAGAAGAACUCUUUCCUGAAUUAUAACGUGUCUUGCAUCCUGACUAUGCCGCAGUACAUGAGGCAGGGCUAUGGGAAGAUGCUGAUCGAUUUCAGUUACCUGCUGUCCAAGGUAGAAGAAAAGGUGGGCUCUCCGGAGCGGCCGCUUUCAGAUUUGGGCCUCAUCAGUUAUCGAAGCUACUGGAAGGAGGUGCUUCUGCGUUAUAUGUGCAACUUUAAGGGCAAGGAGAUCUCAAUUAAGGAGAUCAGUCAGGAGACGGCCGUAAACCCGGUGGACAUCGUCAGUACUCUGCAGUCCCUUCAGAUGCUCAAGUACUGGAAGGGCAAGCAUCUGGUCUUAAAGAGACAGGACCUUAUCGACGAGUGGAAGGCCAAAGAGACCAAAAGGGGCAGCAACAACAAGACUAUAGACCCCAGCUGUCUGAAGUGGACCCCUCCCAAAGGAACCUAGUGGACUUGUUUUCGUACAUUUCAUACCACAUCAGAUCUUUCUAUGACAUUGACUCUUUCAGUAAUGUGUUUUGCAAAGAUUUGAGCUUUUGGUGUCAUUUUUUUGUCUUUUUUAUGUGCCCUUUGUAACUCAGAAAUUUCUUACUUUUGUUUUUUACAGUGUUAUUUAUUUUUGGACUUUUUCAGAAUGUUUCACUGGCUAAGUUGCUUCUUUGCCCCGUGUAUGUUGUUUUAAAUUUUUAAAGCAAAAAUCUUUAUCGGUAGAAUGUAGUAAAAGAAUUGGGGGCUUGCGAAAAGCGUCGAUAUUUUCAAUCUGUUAAAUACACUUUUAUUCUCUUCAGGGA